AUGGGUUAUGAAGCGAUGAAGCAAAACACUUUUGGUAAAGUCGCUCUUGAUGUCACGUGGAUGACGAUGAUGAUCGCAUCGAGCCGCAGCUCCACUUGCUGCGUUCAGUCAAGUGGAGUGGUUGAGUUUCCAGCCAUUCGAAUCUUGAAUGAUCGUCACUCCAUUCGCGACGACCUCCCUCCUUCACGCGUCGCCUUCUUUGCGUCCAUCGAGAGCUUAGCAAUGGUUACCACGAACGAGAACGAGAAAUACCGAACGACUCGAGAUUCAAUGAUGGCGAAGUCCGGCCCUUCGAUACCGAUGCGAAUAAGCUGGAAGAAAAAAGCGCUGCAGAAGUUGAACGAGGGAGGAUGGUAUUAUGCUUCUUCGAAUUCCGACGAGCCUCUCACCCAUCUCGCGAAUCGACACGCGUUCUAUCGACAUAAGAUCAUUACACGGAUGCUUGUGGAUACCAACAAGCGGGACACCGCACCUCCGAUCGGCUUCUCUGCUGUUAGUGUCAAUAAGAUCUAUCAUCCUUGGGGCGAGCUCCCUGUAGCAAAGGUUGCAAAGGAGUUGAACCUGCCCCACUGUUUGAGUAUCGCGGGGAGCAGUUCGAGUGAGGAUGUGGCUGAGGGGAAUGGAGAAGGACCACGAUUCUUCCAGCUUCAUAUGCCACACGAUGAUGAGCUUACCUUUUCAACGGGGAAUCCGGGUUUUACUGCUUGCAUUCUCACAGUCGACACCAACUACGUGUUCUACCAUAGGCUUGGAGCAGACCUUGGGCUUACAGACCAGCGCGAAAUGAAUCGAUCAUGUCUGGCAUGGACGUGCAUGGAGUUGGGAGAAGAUGCCUUGGCUGAUCAAGACCUGGAAGGAGCUGUCUGGCGGGAAGCCGUUUGCGAUCAAGUCAGAUACGAUGGCAUUGUCUUAUCAAACCACGCCGGCAUACAGGUUGAUGGCGGUAUUGUUAGUAUGGAUGCACUGGAAGACGUCGUUGAUGCUGUCAGACACGUCAUGAAGGACGAAAUACAUCAAUGA